AUGAAGACUACCCUUUUCACAUCCGCCGCCGCCACUGCUCUUAACUUUGCCUCCGGCACCAUUGCCAACCACUGCAGCUGGAAGCCCGCCGAAGGACCCUUCCUCAGGAAGUGGCGCGUUAUCGCCUCUGGCGUGGAUGAUAUCCCCGGAAAAUGCGGUGGCUUUUGGGACAACAUGAACAACAAGAACUUCAACGGUGCCUGUGGCGCUCUCUCCGAAACCAGCUGCGGUAGAGACGGCAACGGAGAUAUGGCUAUCAACUUCUUUUCCAUGUCUACCUGCAACGGCGGCCACGUCGAGUCGGCGUGGUGGGAGGCUACUAGGAACCAAUUCGGUGGCAUCACCUGCAAUAAGGAGGAGCCUUUCAAACGGGUCUAG